AUGGAGUCGGGCGCACUUGUGACCGACGAGAUUGUCGUCGGUAUCAUUAAAGACGCCAUCAAGAGUUUGGAGUGCCGUCGUGGCUUUAUCAUCGACGACUUUCCACGAACGGUCGUGCAGGCUAAAAAGUCCUCGCAACUAAAGUUGUACCUGCUGGAUUUCAAUGACGUCUCUUGCGCUGUCUGGGCGUACGUGUUGUACUUAACAGUGACAACGGUCCUCAAGGCGCGUGAAUGUGGCGAACUUGACUGGAGCCAAGUGGCACAAAUCACGAAAGACGUUGUGUCACUGCCGCUCAAAGUGGUUCAGACGAUGGCCGUAAUGAAGAUCGUAAACUCUGGAGGAGCUAGACCACAGGCGUGA